AUGUCAAUUUUAAAAUCAAUCACUAAAAUCGGUUCAAUUAAAAAUAACUCAAAGAAUGAAAUUGCCUCAAGUUCAUUACAAAGUGUUAAUUAUGGUGGCGAAAAAGCACAAUUCAAUGUUUUAGGAAGUUUGUUAGGUAGUUUAGUUGGUGUUGCUAGUGGUGUUUUAGUUGGAGGAAUUGAAGGUGGUGUUAAGGGUUUAAUUUUAGGUGGAGAAUUAAUUGGAACUUUAUCAUUAUUUUAA